CCGCCUGCUAGGCAGGAACGUAGUUUGGUUGUUUGACAAGAGCAACGACGACAGAAACUUUCGCGUCUUUCUGAAUUACUGCGAAGAUGGUGAUGAAAGGUGUCUGUGUGUUGAAAGGAACUGGAGAAACCAGCGGGACUGUUUAUUUUGAGCAGGAGAAUGAUUCAGCCCCUGUGAAGCUGACAGGAGAAAUCAAAGGACUUACCCCUGGUGAACAUGGUUUCCAUGUCCAUGCUUUUGGAGACAAUACAAAUGGAUGCAUCAGUGCAGGCCCUCACUUCAAUCCCCACAGCAAGAAUCAUGCCGGUCCUAAUGAUGCAGAGAGACAUGUUGGAGACCUGGGUAAUGUGACCGCUGGAGCGGAAGGUGUUGCCAAGAUAGACAUCACGGACAAGAUGCUCACCCUCACUGGCCCCUUGUCCAUUAUUGGAAGAACCAUGGUGAUCCAUGAGAAGGCCGAUGACCUGGGAAAGGGAGGCAAUGAGGAAAGUCUUAAGACGGGCAACGCUGGUGGACGUCUGGCCUGUGGAGUCAUUGGCAUCACCCAAUAAACAAUCUCCCAGAACAUGAAGCACUGGAGACUACCUUUCCCCACAGCACUUAAUAAGACCAACCUAGCUACUUGAUGUUGACAGUUUGUCCUAUUCAGUGAGACAGUAGAUGAGCCAUGCUUUACGCUGUCUGUUCUUGAUGAAAAUUGUGUGUAUGGAUUUUUAUGUCUGUUGUAUAUUUUUGGUUCCAAAGAAUUGGUAACGCACAAGUAAUAAAUACAUGUAUACGAUUUUCAAAGCUAAUCAAUAAAUUGUGAGCUCAUCUGAA